CAUUCCUCAUCUUCUUCAAAGCCCGCACGAGCACACCAAAUACUUCUAGCACAGCCUCAGCCAUGGAAGCAUAUAAUUCUUCUACUUCUUUAACGACGUCCUCAUCAAUGUACUCGAAACAAUACUCCGAGGAAACAAAAGGCCUGAAAAUGCCACAAUCUUACCAUCUAUCACUCCAUUCCAUUCGAAAACCCCAGAUGAAACCAUGUAAGAAACCAAUAGCACCAUUGCCACCAACGCCACCAAGAGUUUACAAGGUGGAUCCUAUAAACUUCCGAGACCUUGUUCAGAAGCUCACUGGUGCACCCGAGCCAGAGCCAGUGCCAGAGCCACAGCAUCAGCCAAGGCUCCAAAGCGUGGCGCCUCCUCCACUUGAUCUUGCUAAACCAACAUUAUAUGGUCGAGAUUUUUCAGCAGUACCCUUACAACUCCUUCCUUCUCCUGUGAAAACCCCAUUGUCUGCCUUGUACCAGGAGUUAAUGUCUGAAUCAUUGGAUGUAAAACCCAAGAAGAUAUCAGAUAGUUUAAUGGCCGUAUCAAGUUCGCUCGAAUUGAAUCUGUCACCAUCCUCUCGUGCUUGGUGUUCCUUUCCUCUUCUGAGUCCAGGAACUCUUUCCAGUCUUGAGCAAGGCACUGUGCUUUAGAUGUUAAUUACAAUAUCCCCAUGCCAUGUUUUACUUCCAGUACUGUUAGCACAAUUUCUUCUAGCUAGGUUGAGGCAGCUUUCUUGCCCCAUUUCUUGUUUUCUUUUCCUCUCUUAGGGAAUCAUCCCGUCUUUUCUCAAUUAAGCUGCAAAUAGAUGCAGUUUAAAACCACAGUUCUUUACCUUGUAAUUAAGAGGUGGAAAAAAUAUGGAGUCGGUUGAAUCCGUAACCAUUCAACUUCUUAAACACCAGAAUAAUCGUCAGCUCUGGAAGCCCCAGGCUAUAUAUAGCUAGACACUCAUUUGUAUAAUAUGAAGCAAUCAAUAUAUCAAGACUGUUGGUUCAUUUUUCAA